AUGGGCUCCUCGUCCAAGGACCGGCCCGACGAGGUCGACCUGUCGGGCAGCGUGGCCACCGCCAGCGACGAGCGCCGCGGGCCCAGCAGGACCAAGAGCGAGCGGGUCAAGGGCGAGAGGGACCCCGAGCGAUCGCGCGAACGAGACCCCGACCGGGAACGGGAGCAUCGCCACCGCACGCACAAGUCCAAGUCGUCGCGCACCUCGAAAAUGGCCGACGGCGACUCGCAUACCUCGUCACACCGCCGCCAUCGCACCCGCGAGGAGAAGGAGGAGAGAGAACGCAAGCGCGAGGAGAGGAAGAAGAAGACGGCCUCCAUGAGCGACCUCGUGCCCGAGCUGACCAGGAGCUCGAUGCUGGGGAGCAGGACCAGCCUGCCGUACCCCUCCUUCAGCAAGGCGCACAGUCGCGAAUGCGUCUCCAACAGCCGCGAAGACGUCUCAGCGCCUCGCCAGCCCGGCGAACCGCUCACGCCUGAGGCCACCGACCUGGGUUCCAAAGGCAGCCGGCGGUCAAAGUCGCCGGGACAUGCCGCCACGAGCAAUUCGGGCAGCAGCAGCAGGAAGGCGAGCGCGAAGAAGGAAGAUCGGCCUCCCAGCCCUCCCGAGACAGACGUAUCCGCAGACAAGAGACGGAGCCGCACUUCGACGCCACGCAUGAGGGAUGGCGAUGGUCUCGCGCCCGACAGGCCAGAUUCGAGGACCAGUGGCCUGUCGAGGUCAAGUUCGCGGCGUGAUGACAAGUCGAAGCUGUCCACCAAGUCAAAGACGUCGAGCCAGGCCACCUUUGUCAAGUCGCCCACCUUCAAACCGCCGCCGGGCGUGCAGCUCGCUGAAGACCAAGAUUCCACCAUCAGUGAUGACAGAACGGCGGGCGCACGAUCUGCCGCAACCUCGGUCCUGCCAAAGAGGACGGAAUCCAAGAGAUCGAGGCGGUCUGAUCCGGUCGACGACGAUUCUCCUGAAUCAGUCCAGGACUCUUCGCCCAAAACUCCCACAGCAACGGCCCAGUUCCCUCCUCCGCAGCUCUUCCCCAACGAGAAGCAGCCGCCGAAUAUACACCUUGUCGAGAACGACCGUCCUACUCCAGCACAGACACCAAUGUCCGACUUUGGACCUCCUCCGCCGGCGCCACCACCCCCACCACCUCUGGAUAUCCAGGAAGUACCGCGGAUCGACUACUUGUUACAAAAUGGUGGCCUGAUCCACCCGGUUUCCAAGAACUUUCUCUCCGUGUUACCGCGACCAAAUGGCACCAGGCCGUCAAACCCACCGUUGACCGGCACUGAGACCAUGUUCGCACCAUUCUUCAACCUUCUGGAUCAGUACCAGAAUGUAAUCAACAAGCAAGGUUCGGUAGCCGUUGCGACGGGACACAAGACAGUUGCGAGACGCCUCCUCGAUCGACUGGAGGAUGUCUUUUCGAGAGACCUACCCGCCGAAGGAUGUUCAUGUCUGAUGUGUGAGGGGACACCAGAGGAACACCGCGGUCUUGGUUGGGGGGAAGUCUUGGAAAGAGUGGGAGGUCGUGUUGAGCUGCCUCAAUGGCCACCGUUUGACCUCGCUGCUCUCGGUGCGACCACAGCUCAGAAACUGGCAGACCUGCCUCCCAGACCGUCAUCACCGAUCAAGCUCGACCCCGAUAUCGCCGAGGAGUUCAGAGACCAUUACUUACGUCAGUCCAAGAAGGUUCGGUCCUUGGUCGACAAGUGGAUGAAUACCUGUGCUGAAGCCCCUGCGCCGCCGCCUUCUGACGUGGAUGAUGAGACGCUCACGUUCGCCAUCUUGACAAGCCUUGAGCGAGAGGAGCGGCCCUACUUCAACGCGCUCAUCUCUGGCUCCCGAGAGCUUAAACCAGACGUGAGAGCGCCUACGCCCAAUGUACGCAAGCCCCGGGCGGAUUUUCUGGUCAAGACGGGGCUCUCAUUACAACGCCUGUACCGACUACCUCAAGCACCUCGAGAUGCUGAAACCGCGGUGUACCUCAUCAAGAACCCCUUUCACCAUGACCUCCUCGUCACUAUUGCCGACAUUAGCCCGCAGGAGUGGGAAAUCUUGACUUCGGGGCGCUUCGAUGGCUUCCUCUGGUCGGGCGCUGAUGGCGAUGAAGGCAUGACCCCGACAGCAGAAUAUCCCGGCUCGCGUGGUGCUACGCCCGCAUCCGGCUUCUUCUCACCACCAUCGUCUCGACCGGGCACAGGCAUGUCGGGUCACCGCCAGACCCCAGGCUUCGGUGCCUCGCGGAACACGACGCCUUUCUCGGGCGUGUACAGCCGCGGAGCAACGCCCGCCUCUUUCGUCUCUCUGUCUUCGUCUGCCGCCCCCGGGCACAAUCGACAGGCGGUCAGCCACGACGAAGAGCUCGAGAUGGCCGUGCUCGCCGAGGUCGAGCGCGAAAUCUAUCAGGGCAUGGAGGCGCUCGAGGAUGCCUUCGAGAAGCUGCACCAGCGUGCGGAAAUGGUGCGCAAUGCACUGCGCCAACGCAAUGCUGGCCUCAUGAUGAGCAUGCAGCAACGUCGUGCCGGGGGCCGGAUCGACGUCCUGCCGCAGCUCAGCGGGGGCAGCAACGGGUAUGAGCGGCCGUACUGGGCGACAGGCGACGACGAGACCAGCGAGAGCGACUGGGGCGGCGACGACGCCGAGAGCUUGGCGCCGGACGAUUCGGCAAGCAAUAUUAGUAGUUCUCGCCAUCGCCGGCCCAAGAGGCGGACGGAGCGGAGGACCCCCGCGCCCAUUGAGGAGGACGACGAGGAGAACUAA